AUGGGAUGGGGUGUGCACUCUGGUAUUGGCGACGACGAGAAUGGAGCAGACGACGAGUGUCUCCCCACUCUCCGGACGCAUUCCCUCGACGGCGUCGUGGUCCCCGACUCUGUUUUGAAGGAGUGGAGGCGACGCAAGGGGCUUGGAGCGCCGGCAGAGCAAGCAGUGCAGCAGUCGGCAGUAGCGAAGGGGGGAGGCACAGAGGUGGCGAUAGGCGGACGUUUUAGCUCUCCUGCUUCUCCACGACCUGGUGCGACGUUGAGCCGCUGCCUGCGGCGAAUCAAGAAGAUGGCGCCGUUAGAUGAGCGGGGCAUGUGGCUUCUAAACAACCUCCUUUCGCAGACAAGAGUGGAGGACCAGGAAGAACUUUGUUGGUCUGUCCAAGACAAGUUGAGCAAGCGAAAGGGGGCCCUCAUCCGAUCGAAGGAUCGUCUCAAGCUGGAGUGCGACCGAAGAUGCGUGUUCACCAGAGCCACGAACGAGGUCCGCACCACCAGCGCCAUGACGGCGCAGGCCAACCGGUGCAACAUACUGGCGACCGUCGUCAAGGAACAUCAAAAUGCCAGGCGUUCCAACGACCAAAGUCGCCGACACAGGCAGCCCCCUGACAACACAAACUCCGCUGCAAAUACGGCCCCUCUUGCGCCCCCCUCUACCACCGCGGACCGCCGUAAGGAGAAGGGUGCACUGCGGGGAAAGGAGGUUGCAAAGGAAAAAGAAGUGGCCAGGGAAAUAAUUAGUUUGAACGAAAAGGAGGGCUCAAAUGACAGAAGAGUUUCAAAGGCAGAAGGUAGAGGGUCCCCACCCGAAUACCCGUCAUCCAUCCUUCUGUCAAUCAACAUGGCGAAGAUGCGAUCAUCGGGGGAAAUGGUAGCAGCCGGCGGCGAUGCCACUUUACCUCGCAGAGCCGGAAGAACACGUCCCAAUAGGACGCGGAACGCACCGUUUGCUCGCCACGGUGGCCUCCUACAGGUCGCUGCAUCCGAGGAGUGUGUCGUCCCACCAGCCUCCUCUAGUCUUCACGGGCGGGAUGUGCCAGCACUAGCCGAGGGUGCCCCUGUGGCUGUUGGCAAGACCAGGGGGGGGCGCUACCAGAAGAAAAAGCCGAUGGGGCGGGUGGGACGCCUCGGGCUGCCUUCGAUAUCGGAGCGAUAUGGUACAAGCGUGAUGGAAAAUUGGGUACAGUCGCCCGUCGCGCUGAAACUCGAGCGGCCACGAUGUAAGAGCGUGGCCAUCGCACAUCUCGAUCAGCCGGCGUAUAGGGAAUACAUGGAGGCGGUCAUACGAGUGAGAGCAGCUCAGACCCGACGACGGUGGCAACAAUCGACGCGGGAUGAUACAGAUGGCGUGGGACAGGGGGUAACAGGCUGCUGGAAAGGGACCACCAACGAUUGUGGCAUCAUUUUGACGACUCAGCAGGAGGGAAAGACGACGCUAGGUUGUUCCUCCCACCUUUGUCAUGUCGAGCCCCGGGCUUUCAACAGCCAAAACCCACCUAAGAUUUCGCUACCUACUUCGUGUUCCAAUCUUGGAGGAGGAGGAAAGGGAAUGUUUGGUCGCACGAGCUGCGAAAUAGAGAAACGCCUACACCACGGAGAAGACGAUGAGCGUGGAGAAUUCGGCAGAGCGCGUCUGAGAACACUGACCAAAACCACCAGCCAUGCCCCCGGGCACGGCAGUGACAUCAGCAAAAUAGCCACCGCCGACGAGAUUCUCACUUCGGAGGGGCUAGGGCUUCGCUCCAAAGGUGCCCGCAAGGUUUUCAAGCAGACUCAGCGGCUGCUCGAGGCCUUGCGCACGCCAAGUGAAAGCUGCCAGUACGACCCCGAGACCGGGGCUCGCCGAAACUGCGGGGGUGGCAACAUUGGAGGACACUCGAGCGUUGUCGUCCACUACCACCAAAGCCACUCGGGGAGCGGGCCUGCGACUGUAGGGGAUAGGCUCCAUCGCGGUGGUGGCGGUGACCCCGGUGGCGACGCGAAAGUCACCGAUCCCAAGUUCAGCGAUAGUGGAAUGUGGCGAGCACCUCGAGGGAACAGGUCGGCGCGUCUUAAGGAGGUUCUUGACUGCGUGGCCCCCCCGCACACCGUGCGCAUUGAGUGCGAGAUCAUCUUGCAUGAAUCGCUAAGCCGCGCUGGCGACAGGCGUGAAGGCAACGGAGGGACAAGCGGCGGUGGUGGCAGCGGCACAUGGGACGACUUUGUGUUUGCGUGGGAGUGCUUGGGUGACGGGAUCUUGGCUGGGAGAGCGCUGAGUGGGUACUGGGAACAUGCCCACCAGGACGGUAGCGACCAUACCCCUACCAACGGGAGGUUGCAACGGGCCGCAGAUGACCUUCUGUCCGACGGAUUGAUGCGCGCGUUGCUUUCUACGAGGUGCUACCGGCCGCCGGGGCGGGACCAGCUUUUCGUGGAGUGGUUGGAUGAGCUCUUGGAAGUCGUCAGAACUCAUGUUCGGCGAGCCUGUUUGAGGGUCCCCGUGCAACAUGGCUUGACGGCGGGGUUGGAGUGGUUUCAAGAGUGGAAGGUAGACUAUCAUCAAAUUCAAGGUUGA